AUGGCCCUGAGCACCCAAAGAGCCUCUACAUCUGGUACUUCCGCUGAAUGGGCUCCUCCACAUUGGAAGCAUGAUGUGUUUUUGAGUUUCAGGGGAGAAGACACUCGCGCAGGGUACUGGCAAGCAAUAAAAACUUUCGAGGACGACAGAGACCUUGAAAUAGGAGCAAGUAUUUCUCCGGAGCUGUUGACCGCAGUCAAACAAUCACAUCUUGCCAUCAUUAUUCUCUCCCCAAAUUACGCUUCUUCCACCUGGUGCUUGGAUGAACUUUCAAAAAUUCUUGAAUGCAUGAAAGACAGCAAGAGAAUUAUACCAAUCUUUUAUGAGGUUGAUCCUUAUGAUGUGCGAAAUCGAAGGGCGAGUUUUACGGAAGCAUUCACUAAGCAUGAAGAAAAGUUCAGUGAAGAUGUAGACAAGGUGAAGCAGUGGAGAGAUGCUUUAAAAGAAGUUGCCAAUCUCUCUGGGUUGGAUUCAAAGAAUUAUCAGUUGUUAGAUUCUCAAGAGAAGUUAGUCGGAAUUGAUUUUGCCCUUGAGCAACUACAUUUGCAAUUAGACUCUCGGAACGACACUGUUGAGAUGCAUGAUUUGAUACAAGAAAUGGCAUGGGAAAUUGUUCGUCAAGAGUGUAUCCAAGAGCCUGGAACCGGAGCAAUUGAAGCCAUUGGCUUGCGUUUGCCGAAAUUAGAAGAGGUGAAUUGGAAUUAUACUGCAGCCUUCUCUAAGAUGCACGGAUUAAGGCUUCUUCACUUUGAUAAUGUGAUCGUUUCUUCAGCCCCCAAAGAUCUUCCAAAUUCCUUAAGAACUAUCUGUUGGAGUUGGUACCCUUCUAAAUCACUCCCAUCAAGUUUCGAACCACGUUUCCUUGUUGAACCAAACAUGAGGGACGGCAAAGUUUCCCGUCUUUGGGAUGGAGCAAAGGUCUUGCCAAACUUGAAAUUUAUGGACCUUAGUUACUCUGAUCAAUUGACAAGUACCCCAGAUUUCACAGGCAUUCCAAAUCUUGAGAUUUUGUGGCUAGAUUUUUGUACGAGUUUAGUUGAGGUUCACCCCUAUGUUGCAGUUCUAAAAAAGCUGAGAUAUUUGGACCUUACGGAGAAAAGUGGUUCAGCCAAACGGGGAAAAGUGGUUUCCAACCUAUGCGUUCUUCCCAUACCACCACCAACAUAUAGGUUGAACCCUUGUGGAAAAGUGUCAAACCAACUAUACUUGACCAUGGAUGAUCUUGCCGAUAAGUUUGGAAUUGGUUCACUUCGUUUGACCACCAGACAAACGUUUCAGAUCCAUGGUGUUCUGAAAAAGGACCUUAAGACUGUAAUGAGUAGCUGUGCUGCAAUGUUCUCUGCAGUCUGCUGUGCGAAAAGGAGGAGCAAGAACAUUUCUGUUAAGAUCACCACAGGCGCCAAGGGUUGA